UAGUAAACGUCUGUCACCGCAAUUUUUUUUAGGUGAUCGUUGCCACGAUGCGUCUUCGAAUAUGAAUGGGACAUGCGUGCUUUUGUCCAGCUGCGACCAUGCUAGAAAUGCUCUCAAAAUUGGCUAUCGUCCACAAAUAUGCGGUUUUCAAGGUAUGGAUCCUAUCGUGUGCUGUAUUGAGAGAACAUAUUCUUCUGGAACAGCCAAACAAGACGUUGCGCAAUCCGGCGUUAAAAGUAGACAAAAAUGUGUGGAAUACCAACAGUACGUUUACGAAAACGUAUCAAAUCCACUUAUUGGAGAAGGCGUAGUACGUGUAGAUCGAUGUGGAUGGAAUGUUGGUCGUCUUUUAAUAACUAGCAGAAUUCAGCCAGAAGAAUAUCCGCAUAUAGCAUUAAUUGGAUAUGAGGGUAAAAGCGAUGAAACUCUUUGGUUAUGUACUGGAUCCCUUAUUAGUGAGGAAUUUGUGUUAAUCGCUGCACAUUGUGCCUAUACUCCUGUUUGGGGUGUACCUAAACGCGUACGAAUUGGUAACCACCAAAUAAGCACCAGUGAACAUAGUUCCGAGGUACAAGACUUUACUGUAAAAGAAAUUCUUAAUCAUCCUGAGUUUAAACAUCCCGCUUAUUACAACGACAUAGCAUUAAUAAGGCUAAAUAGAAAAGUUCGCUUAGAUGCAUACUCGAGGCCAGCUUGUCUUCAUACAACAUUUGACAUUCCAGUUCGGAGAGCGAGUGCAUUGGGCUGGGAUCACUCUGAAUCCUUUGAAAAUUCCAAUAAACAUUUACGCAAAACAAGUUUGGAUUUUGUUACUAAUUUGAAUUGUAAUGAUUCCACAUAUAUCAGCAAAAAAAGAUUAAGAAAGGGUAUUGUGACUGAUUCCCAGGUAUGUGCCGGCAGUCAUGGAAACAGUAAAGAUGUUUGUGAGAUAGUUACCGAUGGUCCUCUUCAAAUUAUUGAUCCAAACAUCUACUGUAUGUACUCUAUAGUUGGAAUUAAGUCAUUCGGACGAGCUUGCGGGGAAAUUCUGGAGAUACAUACGAGAGUAUCGAACUAUAUUGAAUGGAUAGAACAAAACGUGUGGCCAUAGCGCGUAAACAUAUUGUUAUGCAAUAUCUGUAAUGCAAGGAGCUAUCGUUUGUAUGAAAAAUUAUGUGUAAUUGUUGGCUAAUAUAAUAAAUAAUAUAUAAUAUAAUAAAGAAAGAAACCUCA